AGGAGGGCGGGGCUGGGUGCGUGCACUGAGAGACGCUGAGGGAAUCGGUAGGGUGUCCGCGCGGGCUUUGCGCGCAUGGCCCCCGAAUAACUGGAUGGCACCCCAAAAACAGGGCGGCUCAGCUCCUAGCAACGGAGCACCCCCCGCCUCACUGCCCCAGCCCAUUCGCAAAGCCAAGAUGGAGCAGAUCCAGGCGGACCACGAGCUCUUCCUACAGGCCUUCGAGAAACCCACCCAGAUUUACCGCUUUCUGCGCACCAGGAACCUUAUCGCGCCAAUAUUUCUGCACAGAACGCUCACGUACAUGUCUCACCGGAACUCGAGGUCCAACGGCAGAAGGAAGUCCUUUAAGGUGGAUGGCAUGUUGCUGAAAGUGGAGAAGAUGAAGGGCGAUCAGGAGUCUCACAGUUUAUCUGCUCACCUGCAGCUCACGUUCACUGGUUUCUUCCAUAAAAACGAUAAGCCGUCCCAAAACUCUGAAAAUGAACAAAGCUGCGUGACUUUAGAAGUCCUGCUUGUGAAAGUCUGCCACAAGAAACGGAAGGAUGUGAGCUGUCCCAUAAGACAGGUUCCUACAGGGAAGAAGCAGGUGCCUUUAAAUCCAGACAUCAACCCGGUGAAGCCGGGGAAUUUGCCGUCACUCGCCGUUUCCAGCAAUGAGUUUGAGCCGAGCAACAGUCACACGGUGAAAUCCUAUUCGCUGCUCUUCAGAGUGACCUGCCCCGGGAGGCGGGAAUUCAGCUCCGUGACCAAUGGAGAGGCGAACGAAAACAUUGAUGUCUCGGAGGAGCCGCCUGCUCGCAGGAAAAGAAACUCGUCGAAUCGGGAGGAUGGGGAGAAGACGUUCGUGGCACAAAUGACUGUAUUUGAUAAGAACAGGCGUUUGCAGUUACUGGAUGGAGAAUACGAAGUGGCCAUGCAGGAGAUGGAGGAGUGUCCCGUGAGCAAGAAAAGGGCCACCUGGGAAACCAUCCUCGACGGGAAGAGGCUGCCUCCGUUUGAAACCUUUUCUCAGGGACCAACUCUUCAGUUUUCCCUUCGAUGGACGAGCGAUACAAAUGAUAAAUCCACUGCCCCGAUCGCCAAGCCUCUCGCCACUCGGAACUCCGACAGUCUCUCUCCGGACCUGAAACCUGCAUCUGUCAAACCCGCUCACGCCGUGGCUGUGAAGGAAUCCUUAUCUGAUCUGCAGACGAGGAAGGAGAAGGACCUUUCCUGUGAACCGCGCCAGAAACUGCGGAUAUUUUAUCAGUUCCUCUACAAUAACAACACGAGACAGCAGACCGAGGCCAGGGACGACCUGCAUUGCCCGUGGUGUACGCUGAAUUGCCGGAAGCUGUACAGUUUACUCAAACACCUGAAGCUGUGCCACAGCCGAUUCGUCUUUAACUACGUGUAUCACCCAAAAGGUGCUAGAAUCGACGUGUCCAUCAAUGAGUGCUACGACGGCUCGUACGCAGGAAACCCCCAGGACAUACAUCGCCAGCCAGGCUUUGCGUUUAGCCGAAAUGGCCCAGUCAAAAGGACCCCCAUUACUCACAUCCUGGUGUGCAGACCAAAACGCACGAAGGCCAGUAUGUCUGAGUUUCUGGAGUCCGAGGAUGGAGAGGUGCAGCAGCAGAGGACAUACAGCAGCGGCCAUAACAGACUGUACUUCCACAGCGAUACCUGCCUCCCUCUACGGCCCCAGGAGAUGGAUGUGGACAGUGAGGAUGAGAAGGAUCCCGAGUGGUUAAGGGAGAAAACGAUUACUCAAAUUGAGGAAUUCUCAGAUGUCAAUGAAGGAGAGAAAGAAGUUAUGAAACUCUGGAACCUGCACAUCAUGAAACACGGGUUCAUCGCAGACAAUCAGAUGAAUCACGCUUGCAUGCUGUUUGUGGAAAACUUUGGCUCCAAAAUAAUUGAGAAGAACCUGUGUCGAAAUUUCAUGCUUCAUCUUGUGAGUAUGCACGACUUCAACCUCAUCAACAUAUCUACUAUAGACAAAGCGGUUUCCAAACUGCGGGAGCUGCAGAGCAAGCUGGACAGAGGAGAGUCUGCCUCCUGCGCCACGGAGGAACCGUGUCACCAAGCACCCACCGCGACAAAUGGGUUUUGUGAGACCAACGGCAGAGACAAAGCUCUGGAAAACGACAGUGUCUCAGGGAUACCAAAACAGAGCAAAAAAGCAAAGCUGUGAAGGCCGGGCAACCCUUGUCCUCUGAGAAAUGGUCGUCUGGGGGGGGGUCUCGCGUGGCCUAACCAACCCCGCAGCUGAUUACAGAGGUGGGGAGGGACUGGAUUUCUCGUUCUCUGGUGUCUCGUACAGAACGUGCAGCUCUCCUGUGUUUCGGAUGGCGGGCUGCACACAGAACUGCGUGUGUUUGUCUCGCUCCUAUUUUGCUUCCACGCGAUUUCUUUUUCUUCCCUUUUUAAGAUAUUUGUAUGAGAUGCAGCUCCCAGCGUGGCUGUUGUAGGAUCACGUAGCACUUUGUCGUGUGCCUAGAGCUGCCAUUCUGUCUCAUACUACUCAUGUAGUUCACGGUCCCUUUCUGUUGGGGGGGAAUGAAAUGGCGUCUCGUUUCCCGCGGUCCCGUCUUUUCAGUUGGACAUUCUUUGGAAUUAAAUGCAAAGAAUUUUUACAUAUGAACUGCAAUAAAGACUUUGAUUAUUAUUUAUUCCUGUGAGGCGGACAGGAGCCGAUCAUCACGAGCUGCUGGUUUUGGGUGUAAAACCUGUCAUCUUUGUUAGCGUGAAACGUGUUCUGCACUGAAUUCUGUGUAUUUUAAAGGGAUCUAUCGUGCACCUUUCAGCCCAACGGCCAGGUUCCCGCUUUUAAAAAUAGCCCCUUUGGCCCUUCGAUCAUGUGACGAUAUGUGGAUUCCCCCCCCCCGAGGCAUUUAAAUCCAAACAGACUUAACGCGACAGCCCUAUUUAACACUGUGCCCUUUGGGGUAAUAAAAUCCAGAAUUGGUUUUAGGUGUGCGGUUUCUGCUCGGACGAGGAUGGUUUUCUCCUCUUAUCAUCUUUUUCUAGGUGUGUAAAGCCGUUGGCGUUCCUUUCGUGCUUUCUGUGACGCGUGUAGAGCCGGAUGCUCUGGAAGAUAAGUCUGCUGCGCGCUUCUCCUUUCGUGGAUAUUUCUCAUCCGUCACUUGAUUCGUGUAACAAUAGGAAAGGGUUCUUGACUCGACACGCUGGCUUUAGGAUGAAUUUUCAUUUGCUUAAUGUUGUAGAUCAGAGUUUUUUUGCGCUUGGCUUCCAUUUCGCUUUAGUCUCUGCGUGUAAAACCGAAUUUACUUGUAGUUAGAGAUCCUGGCAAUGUUUGCACAAGGUAUGGUGACGGCGCGCUCCCUCCUCGUACGGAAACAGUCAUGAAAUAUCUUGUCCUGUUCGUUUCUAAUAAAUAAUGAAAAUAA